AUGUCUACUAGCAUUACGGUAAGGAACAGAGAUCAAUCUUUACCGCCUCUGUUGCUGCCCAGUGUAUCCAUGCUGGAGAAGGACGUGUGUCGUAAAGGAGCGCAAAAUGUAGGCAUCACUGAUCCGGAACUCUUGUCUGCCACUUGGACGAAGAAACGAGUUUUUCCGUGCGACAAGCUUGCUCCAAACUAUAAGAGGUUGAAGGCUGUUGCCCUAGACACCAACAAAUACACUAUGGGUAUUGCCACGAUAACACCGCCGCCGACUCUUCCUGUUGGAGGUGUUGUUUCUUGUUCACAAAAUUAUACCCCGCCGUCAUUUGAAUACCAUAAUCAUGCUUUUUUUUCCAUUGAUAAUGAAGACGCUAAUUCAUCAUCCACUCAAAUGCCCAUGAUUUCCCGGUCUUCCAGUAACUCGACGACUUCUUCCGGCACAUCUACUAGUUCAAAUUCUAAGAGGCAGAGAAGCGGUCCAAGUUGUGAUAAGUGUCGUUUGAAGAAAAUAAAAUGUAAUGCCAAAAUUGAGAUUUUACUUCAGGACUACUCCAUAAUGCCAUUGAUCUCGGACAAGUUGCGUUACAUUUUGACCCCCGAUGAUAUCCAGUUAUACCGAGGCACACUACUGCAGAAUGUUGCCAUUCCGGAUGAUGUUAUUGAGGGUACGAGUUCGCGAAAAUUAAUUAAGCAUAUUGAUAAGCUGGUUUUACUCACGCCUUGUUUACCAUGCAUUAAGAAAAAGCACUCUGCUUCUUCCAAUCCUAUAAAAAGCGAUAAUUGUACUUUUUCGAAAGGCUUUACCAGAGCUGAUAUAAGCAUUUCAUCGAAAAUUUCUCUGAAAUUCAAAGAUAAAACCAUUUACGACAUAACCUAUGAUGACUAUGAAAAUAAUAAACCUUAA